AUGGCGCGCUCCUCCGUCGUCCAAGAGUAUGACGCGCCGUCCACAACCCUGAGCCUGGACCAGAAAGUGACCCACGAGCGCCAGACCUACCAAGUCGCUCGCCCAAAGGGCUACCGCGUCUCAUGGCACGCCAAUCCGGCCGUUGAGGCGCACCAUUUCGGCCAAUCACAUCCCAUGAAGCCAUGGCGACUCACCUUGACCAAGCAGCUCGUCAUGGCAUACGGGAUGCACCACGCUAUGGACCUGUACCUCGCGCGGGCGGCGACGUACGAAGAAAUGGCCGAGUUUCACGAAGCAGAUUACCUUGAUUUCCUGCGGCAGGUGAUGCCGGGUGACAUGGACCGCGCAGAGCAAAGUGAUAACGUGGUGCGGUUCAACUUUGGCGACGAUUGUCCCAUCUUCGACGGGCUGUACAAUUACUGCUCGCUGUACGCGGGCGGCACGGUUGACGCAGCGCGCAAGCUGUGCAAUGACCAGGCUGAGAUCGCGAUCAACUGGUCUGGCGGUCUGCAUCACGCAAAAAAGGCCGAGGCAAGCGGAUUCUGCUACGUCAAUGAUAUCGUCCUCGGUAUCCUACAGCUAUUGCGCCACCAUCCUCGAGUCAUGUACAUCGACAUCGACGUGCACCACGGUGACGGUGUCGAGCAAGCAUUCUGGUCCACAGAUCGUGUGCUCACCGUCUCAUUCCACAAAUACGAUAAAGACAACUUCUUCCCCGGAACCGGAGCUCUCGACGACACGGGUCCCACACAUCCCCUCAACCCCGGCGCACACCACUCCAUCAACGUCCCGCUCAACGACGGCAUUGACGACGAAUCCUACAUCCAGCUCUACCACGACGUAAUCGGCGCCUGUGUCGAGACCUACCGCCCCGGCGCAAUUGUCCUACAAUGCGGAGCAGACAGUCUGGGCUGCGACCGACUAGGAUGCUUCAACCUGAACGUGCGCGCGCACGGCGCCUGUGUCGCUUUCACCAAGACCUUCGGCCUACCCCUCCUCGUCGUCGGCGGUGGCGGGUAUACCCCCCGCAAUGUGUCCCGCGCCUGGGCACACGAAACAUCCAUCCUCCUCGAAGCCGAUCAAAUAAUCGACCCUACGAUCCCGGACUCGGUCGCCUUCCGCACACACUUUGGUCCUGAUUACUCACUGUUCCCGCCGUUGUCGGAGAUCCGUAAAUUGGAGAAUAAGAAUCCCCGGUCUUACCUCGCCGGCCUGGUCGAAUCGGUACAUGAGCAGUUGCGGUAUAUCAAGGGUGCCCCAAGUGUGCAAAUGAGCUUCAUCCCACCGGAUAUCCUUGGUCUGCGUGAGGAAACGGAAAAGGAAAUCGAGGAGGAAACCGCCAUGCUCGAGGAAGAACGCGAGGAACAUUUUGGCGGUGGCUCUGCAGCCGCUGCAGCCGCUGCAUCCUAUACAGACGUGCCUGGCUCAGUCGGUGCUAUUCCUCGCGGGAAUCGCCGGCGCGAGCUAGAGCGCGGCGCUGGGUAUAAGGGUGAACUAUAUUCAUGA